UUUUUCCAUCUCUAAUGUGACGAAAAAAAUUGUAAAAAACAUUUUUGAUACUCAUUUUUCCCCAGCUUUUCCACCCAGCCACGUUGGUUUCUACCCACAUCAAGAUUUCCUCCCAAGAACGACUGCGCGAGUGCUUUAGGAUGACCUUGGUGGGACUAGCAGCCCGCAAACUGGCGCAGAAAAAAAGAUCUGCAAAACAGGCAGCCGACUUUCCCAAUGGAAUCCGGUGCCAGAAGUGCCUACAGAUUGGCCACUGGAGCUACGAGUGCAAGGAGAAGCGCAAGUUCGUGCACCGAAGUUCGCGAACCAAGCAACUGAGCAAGCAUCUGGCCCAAAAGGAAGCGGAGGCGCCAAAGAACCAGGUGGAGGAACACCUGGAAGUGGCCGCUGCGGGCGCAAAGAAGAUCCGUCGCAAGCGGAAGUCAAGCAAGAGCUCAUCGUCCUCAUCCAGUUCGUCGGACAGCUCGGAAAGCAGCAGUGAAUCGGAUUCCUCCUCGGGAUCGGACUCCAGCAGCUCCAGUUCCGACUCUGAUGAUGAAGAUGCCAGCUCCUCAGGAUCGAGUGGCAGUGGCUCCUCCUCCGACAGCGACAGCAGCGAGGAUCAAAAACAGGGAGCGCCUCAAAAGAAAAAAAAGCGAGCCGAAAGUUCAGCGGAAUCCUCCGAUGAGCAGGAAUAAUUGUGACCCCUUCCGGUUCCGUAGCACAUAGCUUUAGUAGUUUAGUUUGCCCCACCAUCCCCUAAGAAAAGGAACUUUUAACCGAAUAUAACACUUACGUAUAUAUGUACUGUAUUUAUAAUUUAAGUCCCCUAAAUGUACGUGGUCUGGUGAAGCUCUGGCCAAGAUGCAACCGAUAAUAAACGUUUUAGUCCGA